AUUACGUGUGUUAUGCGGUUUUGUAAAUAAGAAAACAGCACGGCAGCUGAUCUAAUUUCUGGAAAUGCAAAAAAUUCUGGACUUUAAACAUCGAAUCUUGUUAUAAAAAUGAAAUGUGAUUGACUGGAGUAUGGACCCUUCUGGUCAUCCAGGAUCAGUAACCUCCCCUGAACUCAGUGCCCCCGGCAACCUGGAGAUCCUGGCGCACACGGCUGCCUCACAGGCAUCAGAGGACCCGUACUCUUACGCAGGGUUCCCAGUCCUGAAACUCCACGAGAAUGCUCACAUACCUCUGCUGUCGCAGCACGUGAGGAUUGAAGGCCAGCCAGGAGGCCCAAUGCUUGGCCAGACCCAGCUGCAAAAGCUGCUGGGCGUCUCAGAUCACCUGGACAAGGGCUUGUCCCCUGGACCCCUGUCCAUCAUCACCACCACCAGCAUUAGUGAUACGGGGCAGCAAAGUCCCGCAUCGCUGUCGCAUCAUGGCUCACAGAUGUACAAGUCUGGAGGUACCUCAGGGGAUGCUAUGCUAAGUGCCAUCAACUACAGCGAGAAUGAGAUACUCCAUGACAGCACAUUCGACAUGUCUUCAAACCUUGGCAAUCUAGAUGAUGGCAUCUUGUCGGGAAUCGGUCACUCAUCCCGGCUGGGAGACAACCCCAGCGAGCAGUUUGGGCUGUUUGAUGAAGAUGGGGACUCCCUUAACAUGGAGACUCUCUCGCCUAAUAACUUGAUAUUGGACACUGGCAGCCUUGCUGGGGUGCAUGAAUCUGGCGAUUCUAAUAUCUCAGAUCACUCACAGUCGUAUGAUGAGGGAAAGAAAGGAAAGGGGCGCGGCAAGAACGGGAAAGGAAGUCAACAGUUGUCCCCAGGAAAAGGGGGAGGGAACCUGGAGUGCAAUCUGUGCCAUAAAAUCUUCAACAAUACAAGUGCCUUGGCCAAACACAAGCUCACACACAGUGACGAGCGCAAAUUCUUGUGCACAAUCUGCGAGAAGAAGUUCAAGAGGCAGGAUCAUCUCAAUGGUCAUUUAAUGACUCACCGAGAAAAAAAACCUUACGAGUGCAUGGUCUCCCACUGUGAGAAAAGUUACUGUGAUGCCAGGUCCUUGAAGCGCCACCUUGAAAAUCACCACAACCAUUCGGCGGACGUAAUAGCCCUUGAGAUGGUAGAAGCGACAAGUCACGCUGCGGAAGUGUUGGCGGAGGCGUCCACUGGUCAGCCUGUACAGUUGGCAGCAAGCGCUAAAAACCCUGUGGUCAGUGCGUCCAGAGGCAGUGGAGCUAAUCUGACUUCCAUGGCGACUACGGAAUCUGUGAUAAACCUGUCAACUGGUGCUCCAGCCAACCAACAACGGGAGAAAACCUCUGUUAAGCAGGAGACCAAUGUCCUGGCCCAGCAGUUGAUGAUUGAACCUCAGGUUGGCCCUGCAGUCAUGGUUACCAUACCGCUGACUAUCCAUGGUUCUUACGAGUCGGACGCACCUGAGCCCACACCCACACAUUAUAUCCCUCUACAGCCACAACAACAGCAUCAGCUUACGCAUGCUCAGAUAGAAGCUAUCAUCAAGUUUCAGCAGCAACAGCAGCAUCAACAACAGGAGCAGUAUGAUUCACAGCAGCUGCAGCAGUUCUUUCAGGAUCAGGCAGCGAUGGAUCAAAAUGAGGACCACAUGAGCAUUAACCAAAUGGAGAAGUUUCAGCAUCAACAGCAGCAGCAGCUUCCACAAACCCCUUCCACUACCCAGUCCUCGCCAACAUCCAGUUGGCACACUCCAAACAACCCAGACGACCCGGAUUUGUCUCCCGGGUACAGUGAGAUGAGCCCAAGUAACCAGGAAGCCCUGAGCAUUGGGAGCCCAAUCCGUCCUCAGUCACACCCCACCCAGGGGCAGAGCUGGUUUAGUCAGACACAGCCUAAUGUCAUAGCCCCAAAUACAACAGUCACAGAUAUUAAGGUUUUAGGCGAUGAAUCAACAAAGCCAGUAGUGUGUACAAUCUGCCAUAGACGCUUCAAGAAUAUUCCUGCACUCAACGGUCACAUGAGAUUACAUGGUGGAUAUUUUAAAAAGGAAGCCAGUUUGAAAGAAGAAAAGAAGAAGAAGUCAGACAUGGCCCCGCCCAGUUUGACCCCUUCCCGACCCCAAGGUGUCCCACUUGGGGGCUCUCCAGUGGGCGGGGCGGGCAAGUUGUCAAAGGGAACACCACCCUUGCAGAGUCCCCCAUCAGAAGAGGUAGAGGAAAUAUUGCAGCAACAGUUGAAAUUGCAUGCUCGGCAUUGGAAGGAGAAACAGGAACAGCAACUUCAUCAGCAAAUUCAACAAGAGCUGCAUCAGCAGUUGCAGUUACAUGAGCAACAACAGCAGCAGCAGCAACAGCAACAACUGUUUCAGCAACAGCUACAAUCGUAUAGUAGCCAGUCACAUAUACAGACCAGCACUCCAUUGCAUGUCACAGGCAUUAAGCCUUUGAAAAAUUCUUCACAAACUGUCCAGGAACAUCUGAAUCAGAAGCUUAUAGAACAAGAACAGUUGAAGCAGCAGCAUAUACAGUUUGAAGAAAUCCAAAAGCAACAGCAACUACAACUUGCUGCACAGUCUACAGCCUCUAUGAUGCAAGACAACCAGUCUAAUUCUCUCCAAGGUGGUACCCAGCUGAACCACUUGCAGCUUCUGCAGUUGGUUGGUGCACACGGGGGCCUGGAACUAGGGCAGUUAGAAAUGCUUAAGAUAAUUCAACAACUGCAAGAGCACCAAUUUAAGCAGCAGCAGCAACAACAACAACAGCAGCAGCAGCUAGAGUCCCAGAGUCAGAUAGAGCUGUUACAGCAGCAGUUGAUGUAUGAAGCCUCCACUCAGGAACAGGCACUGGGCGGCCAUGACAUGCAGUUUGUGGGGUCCCCAAUAUCACAGCAGGUGUCACACCUGACAAGUUCCCCGCAGUACCCCAGUCAUCCCCACAGUGUGCCCCAGUCCCCGUUGCUACAGCGACAGGGCUCAGUGGAGUCCCUUCGGAGUCCCCCUGGGGCCCAGGAUUACAAUAAAGGGGCCCACCAACAGGGGCUGGCUGAGCAGGAAUCCAUAGGGCUGAGUUCAAGGUUUGCAGAUCAGGGAGUGCACGAUUAUGGGCAAGUGCAUGUGGGCAGUAAUGGAGGCAGCUUGUUACAGUUACAAGGGCAAAUGCAGUCACAGAAUGUAGGGAUGAGCAAUCUCCAUGGUGACUUGACAUUUCAGAGCCAGCAUCUAGCUAAUGUGCAUAAUAGUAGUAAUAAUACAAACAUUGUACAUAGGUCUGAUAUGGACUUGGAAGCAUCUUUACACCAGGAUUUGUUUAAUCAGAAUCUGCACUUUUCUCAAGAUCAAAGUGGUUUUCAGUCUCCGUAUACUGGUGGUUAUAGAGUGAGUGACGAACUUGUUUCAAACCCUGGCCCUGGUGGCCAUAUAGACAACAGUGAUAGUGAAAUAGUGUCGCAAAUCAUAACAAGUUUAGAGAAUUUAGGUGAGGUGCCUCCUGGAUCAAUGCAUCAAGUAAACAAAUCCCAUUCACACCAUCUCCCCCAGCUAUCAAAUCAAGUGUUUGCUUCGGAAAAUGACAAUUUGUUUCAGGCACAUCCUGUUAGUGAAAACUGUUUAGGUGUCUCUUCAGAUGAAUUUGCUCAUCAUAAUGCAGCUGUAAGUGUGCAGACUUUGUCUACAAACUAUAACAUGGCAUUUGGGGCCCCAACUUCAGUUUCGGAGCCCCGUGUCAGUGUAAAACAAGAAUUACUGAAACAUUUAGCGACAAAGCCUUCAUCCCCUAGGGCAGCUCAAAGUUUACAAUUCUCAUUCCAAAAUAAUAGUAAUGGCUCUAAUGUUAGCAAUUCCAAUAUUAACUACAUGCAGAGGCAGCGACAUCACAGUGCUAAGGCAGAACUAAACCCCAUACCUGUGUUGGCCAAGAGUCCCAAUAGUGAACUGAAGCGGAGACUUUCUUCAGGGCCAGAAGAUGUGCGUGCUCAUGUUCUGUUCUCACCUACAAGUGCCCCUGAUUUGCAGAAACGUGAAUCUGCAUACUUACGUCCCCCACUUACAAGAUCUGAUGAAGGUUCUAGGCCAAGACUGCGUAGCAAGUCUGGCGACGAUUUCAGGUUACACAAACAUGAUGACCCGUUCUUUGUUAAACCAAGGAAUCGUGUGGACGAUUAUGCUCAAAGGCCCCGCAGUAAAACUAACGAACAUUUGUCAGAUUGGAGCAAUAUGGACUUCUUGUCUAGAUCUGAUGGGGCCGGCGUUUUCCGAAAUCCAAGUGCAAUGGCGCCUGGCUCAUCUAAAAUCAGGCGGAAAAAUCGUCCGGCCCCUCUUAUUAUACCUUCCCAUACCAACCACUGCGGGUUUCAAAGUCGCUUACGAUCUCCUAGAAUACACUCUGAUGGUGAGAAUGGCACUAACACUAUGACUGUGCCAUACACUCCGCCCCCGAUGUUGAGUCCUUUACGGCGUGGGUCUGGGCUGUUCUCGUCCAUACAUCAUUCAGGGUUGACUCCACAGCCGCUGAUGUCCUCUGGACCUCCAUCUACUCCAUUGAGACCAUCGCUUCUUAGAUCAGCGAGUGUGCAGAAGUCAGAGGAUUUGUUAGAUGAUACAGUCUCCUUUGAGGAGGAACAGCCACCGCCAGAGUCUGAUACACAUCCGCAUGUCAAUAUAGGGCCACAGUACCAGGCGGCAUUGCCAGCCUUCAGAGCUGGCAAGAAGCUUGCGUUGAACGACAUUAGCAGGGCAGAUCUGGUGUUUGAUCCGGUCUGUGUCAAGGAUGUAACGGAGUUAGAAUUGCGGUCAUACCAGAAUCUGGCCUGGAGCUCUGUACUGAGCGGAAAUGGCUUCAAUGUGGAGUACGCCCUCCAUGUGUUGUAUAUUGCUGGAGGAAGUAUAGAGAAAGCCAUGCUGAUGCUGAUGUCAGGUCCAUGUAAACUACCAAAGAAUCAUCCACUCAUGUCAUAUUCCUAUCAAGAGUCCGAUAUAUGGAGUCCAGACGAGAUAGAGCGGUACACUCAAGCCAUUUUAAAGGUGGACAAGGACUUCUUCCAAGUGGCUAGAGAGGUGAAGACCAAGACAGUGCGCCAGUGCGUGCAGUUUUACUAUCUGUGGAAGAAGGUGCUGGUGGAUGAUCACAAGAGACUGCGGGCCAUGCGGCGCCGCCGGGAGCAGGACUACAACCUCCGCUCCACCCGUGCACAACCGGAUGCCACCACCAUCGGACCGCAGCAGGUGGUCAUCACGGGUACAGAGAAGGUGGAGGAGGCAGGGGUUGAUGAGGAUGAGGAGGAGGAGGUACAGCCUAUGGAAGAGGAGGAGGAGGAGGAUGUGGACUCCUUGUCAGAGGCCAGCACAUCUGUGGGCACGUUUGACGAUCAUAAUGAGAAGGAUUUGGAGACAGAAGAGCUAGUGGAGCUGCCUGUUCCCAGUCCUGCCAGGUCUAUCUCACCUGUUGUCGUAUUCUCCUGCUCCUUCCAUGAAUGUAGCUCGAAAUUCUCCUCAAAGGCAGCUCUCAGCGCUCACAUGAAGAUCCACCAGCAGGCCAUGAAGCCUGCUAGUGUGGUGUAUGAAGACCGGUACGAUGGCAAGGCAGCCACACUGCAGGUCAUGGCACACCAGUACAAGGCCAAGCAGACAUCCACGCCACCCUCACGAUCACCGGUCAACAACCAGGAGCAGAAACAAGACGUGUUCCCGUGUAAACUGUGUGGCAGGGUGUUUGCCAAAGUGAAGAGCCGCAGUGCGCACAUGAAAAUCCACCGACCCGAUCAGGACAAAGAGAAGGAAAAGAAGGCGAAGAUUGCCAAGCAGCAAGCAGCAGUAGCCGCUGCCAACGCAGCCAAGAUGGAGGCACUGUAUGAAAACCAGCACAACUAUCAGAACUUGCAGAACGGGCCACCCACUAUGUUGUAACUGUUCUAGUGUUUGGCAUAUGGAUACUGGAAAUUUACACGAAACUGAAGCACUGAAUGGGCAUUCAGAGGUAUCAGUAUUUGCAGAAGGUUCACUGACUCUGUUGUAAGUGCAUAUCUUUGAGGUUACUGAAAAUACAGCCAGGAUAGAGGCAUCAUACAAAGAUGCUCAAAACUACCAAAGCUCUCCUUCAUAAAGGCCCUCAUUGUUGUAGCAAGACUGGUGCUCGCUGAUACUAAAGAAAAUACAGCCAAGAUAUUGGCACUUGAGGAGGAUAUUCUUAGCCAGACAAAUCUUCAGAACUCUUGUGUAACAACACUAGUGCAUGUGUGUAACUUAUGAAAAGUCAGUCAAGAUUAGCUGGAGAGGGACACUGAACAAGAAUUCCCCUGCUGAAGCCACACUUCCAGACUUCUGCCACACUUCCAGAAUGGCAUUCUGCCUCAUAAUCAUAAGGUUCUCUGGGUGCAUGUAUGGUAGAAACUAGUGCUGUAGCGAAAACAAAUCUGGAACUUCCCUAUGCCUCAGUAUGUCCUCCACCUCUGCCAUAACGUCACUCACACUCGGCUGGUCUCCGGGUAAAAACCAAACUGGUCACAAUCUGGACCAGUAGCAUAAUAUAAUUUAGCCUUUCUCUGUGAAACAGGGUUUAAUGCACAUGCGUAAAGUGUUUAACCAGAUUAACCUGUCGGCACUGGCUAAUAAUCAGUGACAACACUUUCAGCUUUGAUUGAAACUUUUGUUUAAAGGAAGUCUCUUGUAAACAAAAAUCCAAUCUAGACGGAAAGUGUUGUCCCUCCCUGAUAAGCCUCAUAGGCUAAUCUGGGACGUUACUUUAUGCACAUGUAUUAAACUCCUUUUUCCCAGAGCGAUACUCAAUUUUAAGUCUUUGGCAACAUUUGUAGAAUUGGCGUAUUAUGUGUAUCUUUUAACUACAACAUGUGUGUCCAUUGUCCUCUCACAGCAAUUAUUUGUUUUUGUUUUUUUACCUGUUCAAAGGGAACAUUUUGCCUGUCAUGUCAUCUGAAUCCUUAACAGGGCUGCAAAGUUGUGUGAUCUGUGUGAUUGUUGGUCUAAUAGCAUGAAAUAUUUGUUAUGUGGUCUUUAUUUGAACAUAUCUUUCCAAUUUCUGAGCGAAAAUCCCAAUUGGAAAAAAAUGUAGUUUUUUUUUUCCUUUAAAAUGAAAGUACAAAUAAUUUUCAAAACUAAACAGCACAUUUUCAGACUGACAAUUUAUGUGGCUACCUUAGGUAUUUACCGUUGACAGUAUUGUUUAAGCAAAGGAUGAUAACAGCCAAGGUAUACUAGCUUUAAUUGUCCCACAUUUUCCAGACUUAGGCAUGUUGUGUUGGUAAAAAACAAUGUGUAUUAAUAUUUCAUUUAAGAUUUGUGUUUAGAUUCCACAAUUUUGUGUUAUCCUUGUGAAGAUGGUCAAAUUUGGUGUUGAUUUUCUAGAUGUAUAGUUGAACAUAAUAAUAUUAUAUUAAUUAUAUUAUUAGCUCGGCUUUUUUCGGAGAAAACCCGAGGUAUUGUCAUAGCCAGCUCGUCAUGUCCGUCAUUGUGUCCAUCGUUGUGUCAUCUGCCGUCCACGUCGUGCUAAAACCUUGACAUUUUGUCAAGGUUUUGAACAUUGGCUCUAAAAUCAAAGUGCUUCAACUUACAACUUUGAAACUUCAUAUGUAGCUGCACCUUGAUGAGUUCUACAUGCCACACCCAUUUUUGGGUCACUAGGUCAAAGGUAACGGUCACUGUGACCUCUCAAAAAAAACAACUGACAAGCUUUCAUUUAUUUAAAACUGCACCCGCAGCAAAGCGUGGCACCUAUUAUGCCGUGCUCUUGUUGGAAAAGAGAAAUUAAUAUGACAACAAAACCCGAUUUGCAUACCUACAUGAGUUGUUUUAUCACAAUUUAGAGUGAAAUACAAAUAAUAUGUGCUUUGACAUACAUUUCACUUAUUCAAACUGUACAUUUCGUUUUCAGUAUGUUGUUAUGGAUUUCCAUAUUGUUGAAUAACUCCAAACUUUUCAAGAAUAAUAAUUUUAAUUUACGUUUUGUAAUGUGAUAACUGAAUAUAGUAAAACUCCUAGCAAAGGUUGUUUAAGCAAUACUUGACAGAAAAAGUUAAUACAGAAAAACAAAACGUGCAAUAGGAAUAUGACAGAAGUGGCCAUUUAUUAAUAGAAGAAUUCUUUAUUUGAUUUUGAAUUAAACAAAAUGCAAAUAAACAAUUAAAAUGGCAUCUAAUUAUUUGGUAUGAUGCUCUUAGCUGGAUGAUGCUCUUAGCAAGCUAUUCUACUCGCCCCUGAUGGCGUCUGAGCUAGUUUGAAUUUUUGUGUACAAUAGUUUCUUAGGAGUUUCUUGAGGGAAAACAUAAAUGCCCCAUAAUUAAAGGACUCCAUAGGCAAAGUUUGGUAACUCUGGUCUUGACAUUUGUCAAAAUUAAAGGACUUUUUAUAUGUGUUUAUUUGAAUAUACACAACUAAGACUUGAUAAUUUGUUUCUGUUAGCUAAUUUUAAAGGAAUGACUUUAUGAAUGUCAUUCGAACUUAUGAUAUUUAUUAACUAAUAUUAAAAUGACAAAGGCAAUAAGCUUCUGUAAUUUGUCCUUGGUACACUUUGAUAGUUUACAUAAUAGAUAAAUAUGUAACACUUCAUCAAACCUAGAUAUACCCAUCAAACAUAUGUUGAUACAUUGUUCAAUGACCAUUACCCUGCACCCAUAUUGGCAUUGCUGAUGGAAUGAUUGAGGGUGCAGGUCAAUUGUACUAAAUAUAGCCUUAUGAAUUCCAAUUAAUUUCUUUAUAACAAAUCAAGUGAUUUAUUGACACUGUGAACAUAAAUGCCUUUUAUUGAGAUCUAGGAUGAGUUUGCAUAUGGUGUGUGGGGGGUCAAGGUCACUGUUAUUAGGUAUUGAAGAAUUAUUUGUACUCAAUAAUGUGAAAACAAAUUGAACAAUUGUAAUUAAACGUGAUACAUAGAUUCUUCAUAUUCAGGGAUUACAUUUGGGAUCCGAUUGGUGUAAUCAAGGUCACUGUUACAAAAUAAAAAGAAAGCUGAUUUCACCUUAAUAUUGUAAGCCUACAAAUUUAGCUUUAGUGAUGAAAAUUGAAUUCAUUGUACAUGUACAACAAAGUGUGUCACGGUCAACAGUCAAGGUCACAUGUUUUUUUUCUAAAAAGAACAGCAAUAGAACCUCUCACAAAAACUGUGAAAGUUAAGCGCCCUGUCUUCCAACACCUUCUGUAAAAAAAAGAACUCAAAUGCAAGUGUAUGUUAUUAAGAAGUGUUCAAGUUACAUUGGUAUUGUUGAAUAUUUACUUUUGUAGUGUCACUUUUGUUACAUUUAUUGUUUUGUUGUGUUUUUUUAUCUUUUAAAGUUUAUGUUAUGUUGUGUUCUCUUUUAGUCUAUACAGACAGUGUAUUUAAAAUUCACACACACUGUAUAAUUUUGGGAAUAUUUUUUGCAAAGGAGAAUAUUAAGUUGUUUUUAAAACUGAAUAUUAACAACAUACAUUUCCUUAUAUGAUAAUCAUGAUUUCUUAGAACUGUUACGAUUUUUAGCUAACCUGAGCUCAUGAUGUACUUUUGGGAACCUCUAUAUCUGUCGUGCAUAGUCAACAUUUACCCCAUGAAUACUCUAUAGAGGCCACAUUUGUUGCCCCAUUUUUAUAAAACUUAGUUAGAAUGUUUGUCCAAAUUAUAAAUUUUUAAAAACUGGGUCACUUGGCGUAAAAAAAAGGCACCAGGUGAAAUUAAAGAAACAUCUUAAGAAUAUUCUAGAGACAAUUGUUUCCUAUCUUCAUGGCACUUGCUCAGAACAUUUGUUGUAAAGAUCUCUCUACUGAAUUAGACAAUGGUUCCACUCCAUUGAUAAAUAUGGCAGCCAGGGGGCAGGGCUAUAGCUUAAUCUUUUGAACACUUGUUAUCAUAUUUCAGCCCUGUUUUCAAACUUGUUCUGGUCUGUUGAAAAGCAUGGGGUUUAUGGGGCUGGGAGUUUUCCGUAUACAUGUAUAACUAUACUGAAACCUUGUGAAUAUGUAAAUUUAACAUUUAACAGCAUUUAACAUUAUCAAAACAUUCUUAUAUAUGAUAUCUCAUACAAUGUUUGAAAUCAGUUGGGUUAAAAAGCAAAGUCAGAAGCCGAGUUUAUAUAAAAAAAAAACACAUCAUAAAAGCUGCUAACAGAUUUAACAGAUAAGCUGCUUGGUAUAUCAUGUGAGGGAUUUAGAACCUUGGGCCCUGGUUUUAGCUCAACUGAGCACAUGUAUGCAUACUCUCAUAUGAAAGGGACGUGUUCACAGAUUGUCAAAAUAACAAUAUUCCAACGUUUUAUCACAUCACUUGACAACAUUUUACCGUACAUUGAUCUAUUUUUGUACUAAGACUUAAUCAAAUAUGAAAUUAAUAAUUACUGGCGAGUCUUAGUCUUCCACUGGAUGCAUCUGCCUAUAUGGAAAGGCAGCAUCUUGGUGUUAUAACUAUUCUCCUGAUUCAAAACUGUUCAUCAUGUAAACAUGUUUUCUUUGCACAAAAAGUGUGCUUUCCAUACUAUUUAUCAUAUGAACAACAACAUUGAUAUACACAAUGACAAAAAGCAAUCCAGUUUUGAAGAGUAAUUUCUCUUAGUUUGAAACAGGGAGGCUGUUCAUUUGACUCUGUGAUACUCAGCUGGUUGGAAUCAGCUUAGUUGAAAUGCAAUGUGUUCUGAAAUCAGGGACAGUAUUAUGGUGAUCAAGGAACCAAGUAAAAUUAUUUUAAAACAUUUAUUAUUUUGAUCUUUUAUCAUUUCAUAUAUUUCUGUAAUACUUUAAAAUUCAAAGUAAGCAAACAAAAACUAAGAAUUAAAUUAAUGAUGUUUGGUUUAUUUUGACAGAAAGAAAUUUAUUUUAUUUUGUAACUCACCUGAGCACAAUGUACUCCAUGGUGAAAUUAAGUGAUCACUUUUUUCUGUUGUGCAGCGUCAACAUUUGCCUUAUUAACACUCUAGAGGCCACAUUUAUUGUCCUAUAUUCAUGAAAUUUGGUCAGAAGAUUUGUCUCAAUGAUACCUUAGACGAGUUGGAACAUGGUUCCAGUUGGUUGAAAAACAUGGCCGCCAGGGGGCGGGGCAUUUUUCCUUAUAUGGUUAUAGUAAAACCUUGUUAACACUCUAUUGUCACAUUUAUUGUCUGAUCUUCAUGAAACUUUGUUAGAAAAUUUGUUUCAUCUUGGAUAAGUUGUAAAAUGGUUCUGGUUGUUUGAAAACAUUGCCAUCACGGGUGGGUUCUGGGGGCAUAUUAAAAUCGCACUGUCCGUUAGUCAGUUAGUGUAUCAGUUAGUUAGUCAGUUAGUUUUUCUGUCCGGAUUAGUUUCCACUCAUUAAAUCAAGCAAUUGUCAUCAGAUCUUCACCAGCCUUCAUGAAAAUGUGUAAGGCAAUAACAUCUAGGUAAAGUUCGAUAAUCUCCCAAAUUGACCCGGACACUCUUGAGUUACGGCCCUUGAAUCAUUGUAAAAUAGUUUUUUUCUGGUUUCCGCUCAAUAACUUGAGGAAUUGUCAUCAGAUCUUCACCAAACUUCAUGAAAAUGUGUAAGGCAAUAACAUCUUGGUAAAGAUUGAUAAUCAGCAAAAUUGACUCAGACACUCUUGAGUGACGGCCCUUGAAUCAUCGUAAAAUUGAGUUUUUUCUCAUUUACGCUCAAUAACUUGAGCAAUUGUCAUCUGAUCUUCUUUAAACUUCAUGAAAAUGUGUAAGGCAAUAACAUUUAGGUCAAGUUUGAUAAUCUGCCAAAUUGACCCAGACACUCUUGGGUUACGGCCCUUGAAUCAGCGUAUUUUUUUUUUCUCGUUUCCGCUCAAUAACUCGAGCAAAUGUCAUAGGAUCUUCGCCACACUUCAUGGAAAUGUGUAAGGCAAUAACAUCUAGGUCAAGUUCGAUAAUGGGCCAAAUUGACCCAGACACUCCUGAGUUACGGCCCUUGAAUCAUCGUAAAAUUAGGGUUUUUCUCAUUUCCGCUCAAUAACUCUAGCAAAUGUAAUAGGAUCUUCGCCACACUUCAUGAAAAUGUGUAAGGCAAUAACAUCUAGGUCAAGUUCGAUAAUCCACCAAAAUGACCAAGACACUCCUGAGUUACGGCCCUUGAAUCAUAUAAAAAUUGUGUUUUUUCUCAUUUAUGCUCAAUAACUCGAGAAAAUGUCAUAGGAUCUUGGCCACACUUCAUGAAAAUGUGUAAGGUCAUAACAUCUAGGUUAAGUUCGAUAAUCAGCCAAAUUUACCCAGGCACUUCUGAGUUACUGCCCUUGAAUCAUACAAAAAUUGCUCUGCUCAUUAACUCAAGUAAUUGUCAUUGGAUUGUCACCAAACUUCAUGAAAAUGUGUUAGUCGAUAAGAAAUAUGUCAAGUUACAUAAUCAGCCAAAUUGACUCGGGGUCCACGUUUAGGUUUCGAAAUCUGCGUUUAGGUUUUGAAUUUUUAUGGGCAUUUUUAGCAAUUGUUAAACAUUGUUAACACUCUAAAUGUCACAUUGAUAGUUUAGGCUUUAUUGAACUUGGUUUUUGUAAUUAUAUCUUGGAUAAGUGCAAAAAUGGCUCUUGUGUUUUGAAAAGCAUGGCAGCCAAGGGGUGGGGCUUUUUUCUUUAAAUUGCUUUAGUGAAACCUUGUAAACAAUGCAUCUUUGGCUGCACAUAACAGGUCAGUUCCUUUUGAUAUCAGGUGAGCGACUUUGGGCCUUUCAUGCUCUCUUGUUUGAGAGAGUAAUGACUUUGUAAUACAGUACAAAUAAAUGUGUGUGUGAAAGCGUGUUAUCUUUAGGCUAUACAUGUCUAUAUGUAGAUGCUGUGUACAAUAUUGUAAAUAGUAUAGUAAUUGCUUUGUAUGCAAUUGCUUUAUAUGAUCUCUUAUUUGUAUAAAUAGUUAAUGUAUUUGAAAUUUGGUUAUUCCUUGUAACUGUUUCUGCAAUCAGUAGUAAUAUUUUGGUAAUAUUGUUUGGGUUGAUACAAAAUUAUUACAAUAGGAUCUAUGUAUGGUAACAAAAGCAUGGUGGUAAAUACAGACAUCACAAUGUCUCAAAUUGAUAUGUGAAGGAGCUUCUAACACAAGUGCUGGUUGAAAAUGCUAAUAUUAUAUGCUGAAAUAAUAGGUCUCUUAUAUCAGGCAUGACAAUUUGCUCUCUGAGCUAAUGUCUUGAGUGGUUUGUCUGAAAAUGUUCAUUUAUAAACCUCUUGAAGUUUGUAAGAUCUGAAUAAAAUGCAAAGAUUAAAAAAAAUAUUUUAAAGGAAGGUACAAUCAGGUCUGAAACUAAUUACACUCAUGUUAUUUAGUCAAUGAAUAUUGUCUUUUACGCACUGUACAGAUAGAAUAUUGGAGACAAUUGUAAACUUAGUCAAUUUUAUGACAUAUUUCAUUAUUUAAUUCUUAAUUGCACUUUAAAACAUGUAUAAUGUACAUUUAAAAUCUAGCAAUAUAAGAAAAUGUUCAAUUAAGCAAGAUAGUGAAGUAUACUGGUAUUUGUAAGUAUUAUGUUGAAGCAAUUUAGAAUGUGCAAUAGCCGUAAGGAAGUACUUAAAGUGUGACUUGAUAUUCAUUGUCAAGAUUAUUUUUUUUAUGUCAGAUAUAAUUGAUAAAUAUACAAACAUAUUCAUUGAUAUCACUCAAUAUUUAAAAAAAAAGGAAAUACUUUCCAAAAUGUAAAUUGUAAUUGACAGACGGACACGAUUUACAAAUACACACUCUAUGUAUGACUUUUUAUUUGUAUCUGAUAAUAUUUAUUGUCCCCUACCGGUUUCACCGGAGGGGAUUUAUGGUUUGCGCUCUGUGUGUCCGUCAGUCUGUGAGUCUGUCACACUUUUCUGGAUCAUGUGAUAACUUUAAAAGUUCUUCAUAUUUUUUAAUUUAACUUGAAACAUGAAACAUGGAUAAAUGGCAAUAUGGACAUUAUGGACGUCAUUUUAUUUUGUUCCUAUGUAAAAAAUUCUGGUUGCUAUGGCAACAAAAAAAUAAAUAAAAAAAUCUGACAAUUGUGGAGCCGGUAGGGAACAUAUAUUGCUUGGCAAAAUAGACUUGUUAGAUAUUGUUUCCUGUCGUUUUUUUUAGUUCUUGUUAAUGCAUUUUGUUUCAAAUGACUAAAGAUUUAGAAAUCAAUACUCUUGUCUGACAUUUGUUUGUCCUAAUACAAAUACAUACAUAUGCAGGACAUGUUGUUAAGUUUGUUAUCCAUAAAGUUUUGUUGCUUAGUUAAAUUACUUUUGCCUCUUGUUUCUCUAUAACUAUUAUUUUUACUUCUUCUUGAAUUGGAGCCUGUCUCCUUUUAUUGUCCCCUACCAGUUUCACUGGUUUGCGCUCUGUGAGUCUGUCUGUCACACUUUUCUGGAUCCUGUGGUAACUUUAAAAAAUCUUCAUAUUUUUCAUGAAACUUUAAACAUGGAUAGAUUGCAAUAUGGGCAUUAUGCAUGUCAUUUCAUUUUGUUCCUACGUUAAAAAUUCUGGUUGCUAUGGCAACAAAUAGACUAGAAAUAUUGCUGAAAAUUGCUAAAAUUUUCUGGAUCCUGCGAUAACUUGAAAACUUCUUCAUAUUUUUUCAUGAAACUUGAAACAUGGAUGGAUGGCAAUAUGGACAUUAUGCACGUCAUUUCAUUUUGUUCCUACGUCAAAAAAUCUGGUUGCUAUGGCAACCAAAAAAUAAAUAUAUAAAUCUGACAAUGGUGGAGCUGGUAGGGGGACAUAUAUUGCUUUGCAAUAGUUUUGUUUCAUUUGCUGUCAUCAAAGAACAAGAUUAUUGUCGUAUUGUUUGUUAAAAUGUAUGUACAAAUCAAGUUUCUUUACAACAUAUCAGAAUAACAUUUUCCAGAGGUUAAUGUUUAACCCGGAGAUUAACUACAAUUCUUUGUACCAUAUCUGACCAUAGCUGUAUUGUUUUGCCGUUUGUAAGUGAUCAGAUCUAAUACAACUAUUGUAAUAUGAGUUGUGCUGUGGGAAAACUAAGCUUAAUGAAUGUGUAAUAAGCAUAGUACCAGAUAUUAACCUGUGCAGUUCUCAUAAAGCUUAUUAUUGAUGAAACUUUCCUGAACUCAAUUUUUAUUUUGAAAAAGUCAACAGUGUCAUCCCAGAUUAGCCCGAGUUGACUGAAAUGUUUAUCAGGGUUAACAUUUUUUGUGCAUACAUGAAGCUGAGUUUUGUCAUAGCGCGGUCAUAUGUCAUCUUGCUUAUACUUCAUUCUUUCUGCCAUUUUGUUUGCCUGUGAUAAUUAUAUAGCUAUUUUCAUUAAUUUUAUUGUGACUUCCUUUUGUUUUAAAAUUGUAUAGUGGACAUGUAGUUAUAACAACAAAUUGUGUAUAGAUUUUGCACAUUGUGUUUUCACUUUAACACUUUUUGAAUAGCUUUAAAACAUUUAUUUUGAAUGCUAAUUUUUAUAGAUAUUGAUUUGUUUUAUAAAUUGUUAAUUGUGUAUAGAUAAAACAUCAAUUAUUUCAUAUGCGCUUGCUUUAUUGUACUUGUAUAGCAUCAUUUUAAUUCCCAUUGAUUAAGUAGCGGAGCUCCCUUCCCAUGAAUGGUGUCAUUCAAAUACUUUAAUACAAUAUGUGGUUGUUUUAUGCACAUUUUACAUUUGUAUAUUUCCAUAUAUUUUAUAAUUCCAAUGUAAUUUUAGACCAGUUGUUUCAUAUUUUAUUGUUUGUCAUAUUUAGACUGGUACCCCUGCCUGUAGAGCAAAGUUAGAUUUUCUGUUACCAGUCUAAAGCUGUACUUGCUAUUAUUCCUAUAACAGUCUCUUAUAAAAUGCUCAGAAUGAAA